UUGUAGUCAGAUUGAUCCAAGAAAACUAAGAAGAAACAGCGAAGCAGAUUGCAAAAGAGGCUUUGAAAAAGUGAAAACGGUUCAUUCACAUGGAGGGAACAAUGAAACAUCAGUUACAGCCUGCCUCCAAAUUGUCAUGGUCUCCAGGAUUGAGGAACUUGAUCCAAGACGAAGAACUUGAAAGCAAUAUUGACGAUGAUGAUGGGUCAGAAGAAGUCGCUUUGAAUCUGGAUUCUGACUCUGAACUGCAAGAGGCAUUCAAAAAGGGGCUUUUGAAGCCAGGAUUGAACAUAAUUGGGAGAGAAACUAAGCGAUCUUUUCGAAAUGAAGCAGAGGGACUGAAGAAGUGUCUUGGCCAACUUUCCAACCAAUUGCCAUGGCUUGAGAGGCUAGACAUGGUAGUAGUCCCUGCAAAAGCUGGGGAAGAGAUGAAGGAUAAGGAAGCUAAGCAUGCAGCCAAAAGGGAGAUCAAGUUGAGUGGAAAGGGCAAAUCCUUCAACAUCAGUAAUGACCCUGUUCAUAAUGACUUCAAGAGGGAACUUCACUUUUACCAAUUGGCACAGUCUGCUGUCCUGGAAGGGAUUCCAAAGCUGAAAGUCAUGGGAGUGAAAACUAAACGGCCAGAUGACUACUUUGCUGAAAUGGCCAAAUCAGACAAUCAUAUGCAGCGGGUGAGGCACAAGUUGCUUGAUCAGAAGCUGGCAGCAGAGAGAUCAGAAAAAGCAAAACAUCUUCGUGAGUUGAGGAAAUUUGGGAAGGCCACACAGAUUGCAGUGCAGCAACAGAGACAGAAGGAAAAGCGCGAAUUGAUGGAGAAAGUCAAGAAAUUCCAUAAAGGGCAGAAGGAUGCACUUGAUUUUCUGGAUGAAGACAAGGAUCAUGCAUCAAAGACAAAAAAUAGGCCACCUUCAUCGACACACCCACCUGAGAAGAGACAGAUGAACUGGAGACGCCAGAUGAAGGACAAGCAGUAUGGAUUUGGUGGCCAAAAGAAGCGAUCCAAGUACAACAGCAAGGAGAGCGUGGAUGCCUUUCCUCCAUCUAUGCCAAAUACCAAAGGCAAAGGCAAAGGAAAAGGAAAAGGAAAAAGUAAAGGGAAAGGUAAAGGUGCAGGGAAGAGCAAUCAGAAGCAAAGACCAGGCAAGGCAAGAAGGCAGAAGAUGCAUGCGAGGAAAAAGAGGUGAUCAUUGUGCAUUAUAUUCUUGUUGAAAUAAAUCUGGGAGCUUUUUGUUUGCAUAACAAGUUCCUUUCAA